AUGACUGCCGUCGAAGAUCCCACGGGCGAAUACGCCUUUCUCUCAAAGCUCCUCCAGCAUAUGGAUCGUCACCUCAUCUUCCCUCUGCUCGAACAUCAACUCGGCUCUGAAGACAUCUCACAGCAACGAUACGAUGACCUCAAACUCGCCAUUUUCAACCUCCUCAAGAACACGAACAUGAUCGACUAUGUCGGCAACUUGUACAAAGAAAUCCACAAGACUGAUACAGUACCCUCAGAGUAUGCGAAGAAGCGAGAGGAAGUUCUCAACAAUCUUGCAAAGUUCGAAGAAGAAUCCGCCCAUCUCACAAACCUGCUCAAUGACGAGGCCGUCACAUCUCAACUACGUAGCGACAAAGUCGCCAAUUUGAAAUUCCUCGAAGAACAGCAUGGUGUAACUCAACAGAUGGUGGACAACCUCUACGACUUCGGCCGAUUCCGAUACGAAUGCGGUCUGUACCCUGAGGCCGCUGAUUUGCUCUACCGAUUCCGGGUGCUCUCUACCGACAAUGACAAAGUUGUGAAAGCCACCUGGGGCAAACUGGUAUGUGAAAUUCUAGGAGAAGAGUGGGAAAGUGCGCUUGAAGAGGUCGAAAAGGUUAAGGAGCACAUCGAGACGAGACUUUUCAACAACCCACGCGCGCAAUUAACCGCUCGAGAAUCUCUUGUGCACUACGCACUCUUCCCAUUCUUCAACUACGAACCCGCCCGUGAAAAGCUCACCGAAAUGUUCUUCUCUCCUCCAUACAUCAGCUCCAUUCAGACAGUCUGCCCCUGGAUUCUACGGUAUUUAGCUGCAGCCGUCAUUACGAACCGUGGCCGGCUUAAUAACUCUCACAACUACCAGAAACAACUGAAAGAUCUGGUCCGAGUUGUCAAGCAGGAAGUCUACGAAUAUGAGGAUCCUGUUACAGAGUUCGUCAAGGCUCUCUACGUGGAUUUUGACUUCGAAGGCGCGCAGAAGAAGCUGUCUGAAGCUGAGGCUAUUCUGCGAGGAGAUUUCUUCUUGGGCUCAUCUACAGACGCAUUCAUGGACUCGGCUCGACAUCUCAUUUCCGAAAGCUACUGCAAGAUUCACCAGAGAAUAGAUAUUAAAGAUCUCUCGACCCGGUUGGGUCUGUCUCAGGGUGAAGGUGAGAAAUGGAUUGUGAAUCUGAUUCGGGACACAAAAGUGGAUGCAAAGAUCGAUUAUCAAGCUGGUACCGUGGUUAUGAAUCAUCCUCCACAGAGCGUGUAUCAACAGGUGAUUGAGAAGACCAAGGGCGCGUUCUUCCGUACGCAAGUUCUCAGCGCCGCUGUUGCCAAAUGA